CACACACUAACAAGACCCGCAUACACUACCUUAAAUACACAGUGGAUAAGAGAAUCAAAUAGAGUUUUCGGGACAUAUAUUUAGCGGACGAACAACUAUAUUAAUGAGUCAGUUCCAGUCCAUCUAAAAUCUCCAAAAUCAUACACCCCCCCUCGCCAUCCCAAUACUAUAGAACUUCAUAGCAAUCACCUGCUCCCAAUUAGCACAAUAACAAUGACCACCCCCCUGGGCGACUCAGUCAACCAACCCCCAGCCCAAAGGCCCACCCCCAAAAAACUCCAAGGCCGCACAAUCGACCUCAUCCACCUAUCCCCCUCCCACACGGAGGCCCUCUGGUCCCUCGUCGGCGGAACUUCCGACCCCACCAAAGCAUCAGCAUGGACCUACCUCCCAGAAGGCCCCUACCCAGAGACUGACUUCGACAAAUUCCAAGUCUCAGUAACUACCAAAUGCAACUCCACCGAUCCCCUCUUCUACGCCAUCGCCGAUAAAACCCAAAAAGUCCUGGGUUGGAUCACUUUAAUGAGCAUCGUGCCUGAGCAACUACGGCUCGAGAUCGGGUGGGUGUUGUUCUCGCCUGCGUUACAGCGCACAACAGGCGCGACAGAGGCGUCCUAUCUACUGCUUAAGUAUGCGUUCGAGGAGCUGGGGUAUCGGCGCGUGGAGUGGAAGUGUAAUGCACUGAAUGAGGGGUCGAGGAGGGCUGCGGAGCGGCUUGGGUUUGUGUUUGAGGGUGUGUUUAGGCAGCAUAUGGUUGUCAAGGGGAGGAAUAGGGAUACGGCUUGGUUUUCGAUGUUAAGGGAGGAGUGGGAUUGUAAAGGUGUUAAGGAGGCCUUGGAAAGUUGGCUUGCGGAGGAUAAUUUUGAUGAGUCUGGGGCGCAGAAGAGGGGCUUGGAAGGUAUUAGGGAAGAGUUUUUAGGUAAGAGUAGUAAGAAUUAGGUGUUGAAAAGAUGUAUAUAUGUUGUUACGCACUCCUGCGCACGUUUACCUUGUCGACAAGCGGGUAUAGAAACCAUAGGAUGCAGAUCCAAUAGGAUUGAAUGACCGCCUUA